AUGGCUCUCCUCGACGCUGCCGCGCCGCCGGCAGGGGGGCCGACACUAUUCGGCAUGUCCAUGAAGCAGGUUUCCCUCAUCACGCUGACGUUCCAAAACUCGGCCUUGAUUCUGAUCAUGCACUACUCCCGUAUUAUGCCUCCCGUGGGCGACCACCGAUAUUUCACAUCCACCGCUGUUUUCCUCAAUGAGGUCAUCAAGCUGUCCAUCUGCUCGACCUGCUCCAUUGCCGAGGUCUCGCGGACACUGGCCCCCUCCACCCCGGCCACCGUCAUAUUCGAACAGAUCUUCAACUCGGUCUUCUCCGGCGACGGCUGGAAGCUCGCCAUUCCCGCGACACUAUACACCCUGCAGAACACCCUGCAGUACGUUGCUGUCGGCAAUUUGGACGCAGUCCACUUUCAGGUGCUCUACCAGCUCAAGAUUCUCACGACAGCCGUCUUCUCUGUCACUAUGCUCCGCCGCGCCCUUGGCUUGAAGCGCUGGGUUUCGCUCAUCAUAUUGACCCUGGGAGUCUCCAUCGUCUCGCUUCCCCAACCCUCGUCCGCGAAUCACGCAGAAUCUUCCUCAGCCAACAUCCUCCUGCACGACACCUCGGACCAUUUCUUCCCUCGUUCCGUGCACGAGCUAGGUCAAGCUGCCGAGGGCGCUGCCGAGGUGGCCCGUGAGCUCACUAAGCGCGCAGCUGAUGGUCUUGCGGGUGUUGGCGGAGAGAUCGUGAAGCGGUCGGCCUCGUAUCAGGGUAUCCAAGAGGACCAAGACCCGUCGCCGCUCAUGAACUACUCCAUCGGUUUGUCCGCCGUCCUUGUCGCCGCCGUCGCCUCGGGCCUUGCCGGUGUCUACUUUGAGAAGAUGCUCAAGGACUCGGCUACUCCUGCCUCCGUCUGGACCCGCAACAUCCAGCUAUCCUUCUAUUCCCUGUUCCCCGCCCUCGCUGGCGUCAUCUUCAUUGACGGCGAGGAUAUUGCCAAGCACGGCUUCUUCGAGGGUUACAAUUGGGUUGUGUGGACUGCCAUUGUUUUCCAAGCUGUCGGCGGUGUCCUGGCCUCGCUAUGCAUCAAUUACGCCGACAACAUUGCCAAGAACUUCGCAGCUAGCAUCAGUAUUGUUAUCAGCUUUCUGUUCAGUGUAUGGUUCUUCAACUUUGAAGUCAACUUCAGCUUCAUCAUCGGCACUGCACUCGUCCUGGCCUCGACCUAUCUCUAUAGCAUUCCCGAUCGCAAGGGCCGCCCGCCCCCGAUCACCAUUGCGAGCUACGAGAAGGCCAUGGUUGACCCUGCUUACACGCCAGCGGUCACGGAUGAGGCCAAGCUCAACCUAGACCCGCUCGACGCGGUUCGCGGCAUGGGAUUGUCGACGUCUAGGCCAUCGUCGCCCAUGCUGCAUCACCACCGCGCGCCCUCGGCAAGGGGAAAGAACCGCGACGACUAA